AUGGCCAAGAUUUCCUUUAUCAUCACCCUCACCCUCAACAUCCUCGGCGCCACAGCGAAAGACUGCCCAUCAGAUCGCUUCCCGGACUGCUGUGCAAGCUAUGGUUUCGCUUCGCUUGACACCAUGAAGAACACGUUCGAUGUCCCGAUUAGCAAGAUCACAGAUAGUGUUAUGCAAGUCGGGUAUGUAUGGGAAUGGGAGGCUGUGAAACUCAUGGUCUUGAAGCACGAUGUUGCAAGGAUAGCUGGAAGAGCUGGGGUGGUGCUGGAAGACUGGGUAUUGAUUGUGUCUGAGAUGAUGGCAUUUGGCGAGGCAAGUGUGGUAGAGAAUACGGAUAUGCCUGCAGGGCUGGCUCCUUUGGUGUUUAAUUCGAGGCGGUGA